AUGUACGGGCGACUGACCGCCACUGCGUCAUGGUCGUAUCAGUCCUCGGCUCUCCCUGCCAUCGUCGAGGUAGCCAAGGUGCACGCCGUGCAUGCCGUCAUUCUCUUCGGUCCGUUCGUCGACGCUCAGAUCUGGGAAUCGGGCUCUCUCGGCGUGCCCGACACGCCCUUCGAGGUGAUCUUUGAGAAGAACUUGCUUCGGCCUCUGCGCGCCUCUCUCUCCUCUCUGCACAGCACGCCGGAGCUCGUCCUGGUCCCGUCGCUACGCGACGCCCAUCACCACACCGUGUACCCUCAGCCCCCCUACGACACUUCGGGAGGCAAACAGCGAGGACUUCAUCUGGUGGCCAACCCGAGCCUUGUGCGUAUCAAUGGCCUUGCCCUAGGCCUCACUUCCCACGAUGUCUUGGCCGACAUCGCACGGCAGGAGCUCGUCAAGGGAGAUCACCUCGAAGAACGGCACCCUGCCCGAUUGGCUGGCCACCUGCUCAAACAGGGCAGCUUCUACCCUGUGCACCCGCCCGCGCCGGGUGUGCCCCUGGACUCGACGCAGCUUUUUAAGACGGAGCUGCCCUACGUGCCAGAUGUGCUCGUGGUGCCCUCUUGCCUUUCGCCUUUUGCGCGGGUCGUCGAAGGAGCAGCGUGCGUGAACCCGGGCUUUGCUGUGGAUGGCGCUGCAUAUGGCACUGCGGCCUUGCUCACUCUCCAUCGGGCUCCGGUGGCCACCACGACCACGGUGGAGAGGCUGGAGAUCAAGGUCCUGCGACUUUAA